AUGAACAAAAUCCAGGAAAUUAACGAUAGAGAAUUACAAAGCGGAAUUCUUAGCCCGCAUCUUUCAUGGCAUAGUGAAUAUAGGGAUAAUGCCUACGUAUACAUCGGAAAUUUAAACAAAGAGUUAACGGAAGGUGACAUCCUAACAGUAUUUUCCGAAUACGGUGUGCCUGUGGAUGUUAUACUUAGCAGAGAUGAGAAUACAGGAGAGUCACAGGGGUUUGCCUAUUUAAAGUAUGAAGAUCAACGGUCAACGAUUCUGGCAGUCGAUAAUUUGAACGGGGUUAAAGUAGGUGGCAGACCCCUCAAAAUCGAUCAUACUUUUUAUAGACCAAAAAAGACUUUGCGAAAGUAUCAUGAGGCCGUAAGGGAAGAAUUAGAUCAAGACAAAGUCUUCAAAGACAAUGCUGAAAAGUCCAUUACACUGAAUCAAAAAAACCAAUCAGGAUAG